GGUGCGCGGACGAGCGCCGCGCUGCGCCCUCCCGGCGGCCCGCCCCCUCAGGGCCUUGCCCGCCAGGGCUCGGGAUGAACUGCGGGCCCCAGCUGAGCGGCUCCGGCUCCUGGCGCCUGUCGCUGCCGCCGUCGCCGCCCAAGACCGGCCGCCGCCCCUGAAGGAAGGAGGAGGGAAGCGGCAGCUGACCCUGGGCAUGAGCCGGACGCGGCGUCCGUUGCUGGACUAGGACGCAGACAUGAACCUGCACCAGGUGCUGACCGGGGCUGUGAACCCUGGCGACCACUGCUUCUCCGUGGGCAGCGUCGGCGACCAGCGCUUCACGGCUUAUGCAUCUGGAUGUGACAUUGUUAUACUGGGAAGUGAUUUUGAAAGAUUACAAAUAAUCCCAGGAGCUAAACAUGGAAAUAUUCAAGUAGGAUGUGUAGACUGCUCAUUGCAACAAGGCAAGAUUGCAGCAUCCUAUGGAAAUGUUAUCUCUGUUUUUGAACCAGUUAACCUACCGAAGCAAAAGAAAAAUUUGGAAUUAUAUAGUCAAUGGCAGAAGAGUGGCCAGUUUUUUCUGGAAUCAAUAGCACACAACAUAACUUGGGAUCCUGCAGGCAAUCGUCUUUUAACUGGUUCUAGCUGUUUGCAACUGUGGUCCAAUGCUAACUUGGAGAAACCAUCUGAAGAUGAAAAUCCAGAUAAAACAGAUCUUAAUUUGGGGGACUGGAGAUGCAUUUGGCAUUGCAAAACUGCUUCCCAAAUUCAUCUAAUGAAAUUUUCACCAGAUGGAGAAUUUUUUGCCACUGCUGGGAAGGAUGACUGUCUUUUAAAGGUAUGGUAUAAUGUAGAAAACUGGCGGACAGCUGUUACCUCUCCAGAUAAAAGUUCAGAAAAACAAUCCCAAGGAGAAAUGGACUUUUCCUUUGUAUAUCUGGCCCAUCCUCGAGCUGUAAAUGGAUUUUCCUGGCGUAAAACAAGCAAGUACAUGCCUAGGGCUUCUGUAUGUAAUGUAUUGUUGACUUGCUGCAAAGAUAAUGUAUGUCGUCUUUGGGUAGAGACAUUUUUACCAAAUGAUUGUUUGCUCUAUGGAGGUGACUGCAACCAUUGGGCCGAACCAAUUAAUUUAACAAAUAACUUCAAAAGAAAUGUUUCCAGUAAGGAACGAGCUCAAAAUACUUUAGAUGUAAAUCUGAGACAUUUUCGCAGAGGUCGGAGGAGAUCACUUCCCGUCGUAGCGCAUACUGGAUACCUGCCACACCAGCAGGACCCUCAUCAUGUCCACAGAAAUGCUCCGCUGCAUGCCAACGCACUUUGCCACUUUCAUAUUGCCGCCAGCAUCAACCCAGCCACGGACAUUCCACUUCUUCCUUCUAUCACAUCUCUAAGUCUAAGUGAAAAUGAGAAGAGUGGGCCUUUUGUGGUACAUUGGCUGAACAAUAAAGAGUUGCAUUUUACUUUGUCCAUGGAAGUCUUUUUACAGCAACUUAGAAAAAGUUUUGAGCAACCGUCUUCUGAGGCCAGUGUAGAAGACUCUAAUCAGGCAGAUGUAAAAUCUGAUGAAGAAAUGGAUGAUGGUGUGGAUGAUCUGAAAAUAAAUCAUGAAAAGAAGGAAUUGGGCAGUGAUAAAAUGGUACCCAAUUCAGGUCUUGUACCCUUACCAUCAGCUGCCAUCGAUCAUCAGAUUGAAGUACUUCUGUCUGAAUGGAGUAAAAAUGCAGACAUGCUAUUCAGUAUUCAUCCCAUGGAUGGCUCCUUGCUAGUUUGGCAUGUGGAUUGGCUGGACGAAUACCAGCCUGGUAUGUUUCGUCAAGUCCAGGUGUCCUUUGUUUCCAGAAUUCCUGUAGCUUUUCCCACAGGUGAUGCGAACUCUCUCUGUAAAAGCAUAGUGAUGUACGCCUGCACCAAGAAUGUUGACUUGGCUAUUCAGCAAGGGAAACAAAAACCUUCUAGCCUCACGCGGUCUACGUCAAUGCUUAUCUCUUCCGGCCACAGUAAAUCAACUAAUAGUUUAAAAUUAAGUAUUUUCACUCCUAAUGUUAUGAUGAUAUCAAAGCAUGCUGAUGGCUCUCUGAAUCAGUGGCUGGUCAGUUUUGCUGAAGAAUCUGCCUUUUCUACAGUUCUCAGUAUUUCUCACAAAUCUAGAUAUUGUGGUCAUCGCUUUCAUCUUAAUGAUUUAGCUUGCCACUCAGUAUUACCUUUAUUGCUGACAACGUCACACCACAACGCACUAAGGACGCCAGAUGUUGAUAACCAAAAGCAGCCUUGUGAUCCUGUAAAUACUGAAGAAUGUUCUUUGGCACAACAGAGUAAAAACAGCGCUGACGUGACAUUUCAGGAUCCCAAUGCAGUUUAUAGUGAGCUUAUUCUUUGGAGGGUUGAUCCGGUCGGGCCUUUGUCUUUUUCUGGAGGUGUUUCUGAGCUUGCCCGGAUUAAUUCUCUACAUGUUUCUGCAUUUUCCAAUGUGGCAUGGCUCCCCACUCUUAUACCCAGUUACUGUCUAGGUGCAUACUGCAACUCUCCUAGUGCAUGCUUUGUAGCAAGUGAUGGACAAUAUCUGAGAUUAUAUGAAGCUGUUAUUGAUGCCAAGAAACUCCUGUAUGAGCUUUCCAAUCCUGAAAUUUCUAAAUAUGUUGGAGAAGUGUUUAACAUCGUAAGUCAACAGUCAACAGCCAGGCCAGGAUGCAUUAUUGCAUUAGAUCCUAUUACCAGACUUCAAGGCAGAAGAACCCAGCUGCUUCAUGUUUUUCAAGAAGAUUUCAUUUUGAAUAACCUUGAGAAGAAAGGUCUGGGAAAAGACAGAAUAUUAUCUGAUGCAGGCAGCUCACCUAAUGGAUUUUCUGAGAAAUUCUACCUAAUUGUGAUAGAGUGUACCCAAGACAACCGUUCAUUGCUACACAUGUGGAAUUUACAUUUACAGUCCAUUCCUGUCUCAUUGGAUGAAAAAGUAGAUACAAAAAUAUCUGAAGCAGUUUGGCAGCCAGAAGAACAUUAUUCUUCUUCUCCAGAGAAGAUCGUAUCUCCUUUUUCACAGAAGUAUCAGGCUUGCAGAGCAAAUCUCCAGAGUACUAGCAAGUUGACUCUGACUUCAGAAAUGGUUUAUAGCCAAGAGAUGAAUUUGCCAGAAGGAGUUGAAAUAAUAAGUGUUAAGCCAUCAGCAGGACAUCUGAGUUCUUCUUCCAUAUAUCCUAUGUGCAGUGCUCCUUAUUUAUUGGCAACUUCAUGUUCAGAUGAGAAAGUAAGAUUCUGGAGAUGCAGAGUAACAGAUGGAGAAUCUGACACAUCAAAAAAUGGAAAAGUGGAUCUGGUAUACAUUUGGGAAGAAUGGCCAUUACUUAUCGAAGAUGGACUUCAUAGCAAUAGUAGUAUAACCGUCCCUGGUAGGCCUGUAGAAGUUAGCUGUGCACAUACAAAUCGGUUAGCAGUAGCAUAUAAGCAGCUUGCGUCUAACAGUAGGUCUUCUCAGGACUUCCUGAUGCAUGUCAGUAUUUUUGAAUGUGAGUCUACAGGAGGUUCAUGUUGGGUCCUCGAACAGACGAUUCAUUUAGAUGAAUUGAAUACAGUGUUAGAUUCUGGUAUUAGUAUCGAUAGCAAUUUAGUGGCUUAUAAUAAACAAGAGGUAUAUUUAUCCAGUAAAGAGAGUAUCACAUCAAACACAAAGCAUUUAGUUCACUUAGAUUGGAUGUCUAGAGAAGAUGGUUCUCAUAUCCUCACUGUAGGAAUUGGAUCAAAACUUUUUAUGUAUGGACCCCUGGCUGGCAAGGUACAAGAACAGGCUGGUAAGGAAAGCCUAGCCUUUCCUCUCUGGGAAAGCACUAAAGCUGUGCCUCUUUCUAAAUUUGUCCUCUUAAGAAGUAUGGACUUGGUUUCUUCUGUGGAAGGCUCUCCACCUUUUCCUGUUUCUUUAUCAUGGGUCCGGGAUGGCAUCCUUGUGGUAGGAAUGGAUUGUGAAAUGCAUGUAUAUUCCCAGUGGCAGCCGUCUUCUAAACAAGAACCUGUUACAGCAGAUUCAUACAAUGGGAGCACUCCAUCUCUAAUAAGUUUAAUAAAACAGAGCAACUCAUCGAGUUCUGGAUUACAUCCUCCAAAGAAAACCCUGACUCGAUCCAUGACCAGUCUUGCACAGAAAAUCUGUGGAAAGAAAACUGCCUUCGAUCCAUCUGUGGAUACGGAAGAUUCAGGUCUUUUCGAAGCAGCUCAUGUUCUUUCCCCAACUUUACCUCAGUACCAUCCCUUACAGCUUUUGGAACUCAUGGACCUUGGCAAAGUUCGGAGAGCAAAAGCCAUCUUGUCGCACCUUGUCAAGUGCAUUGCUGGGGAGGUUGUGGCACUGAAUGAAGCUGAAUCCAAUCACGAGCGCCGCCUUAGGUCUCUUACUAUCAGUGCUAGUGGGAGCACUACCAGAGACCCCCAGGCUUUCAACAAAAGUGAAAAUAUGGAUUACACAGAAAUAGAUUCUGUCCCUCCACUUCCCUUAUAUGCCUUACUUGCGGCAGACGAUGAUAGCUGCUACUCAUCUUUAGAGAAGUCUAGUAAGCAGAGUACCUUAAAUAACUCAAACCAGUUGUCAAAAGAAAGUUAUGAUGAGCUUUUUCAGAUCCCAACUUUAAUGACUGAUCAUCAGGUGUUAGAGACAGAUGAGGAAAAUGCCAAGCCCAGGGUCAUUGACCUUUCACAGUACAGUCCAACUUACUUUGGUCCUGAGCACGCUCAGGUUCUUUCUGGCCACUUACUUCAUUCCAGUUUACCAGGACUCAGCCGGAUGGAGCAGAUGUCUCUAAUGGCCUUAGCAGAUACAAUUGCUACUACUAGCACCGAUAUCGGGGAGAGCAGAGACAGAAGCCAAGGUGGAGAAACUCUUGAUGAAUGUGGUCUAAAAUUUCUUUUGGCUGUUCGACUUCAUACUUUCCUUACAACUUCCCUUCCAGCUUACCGAGCUCAGCUUCUUCACCAAGGUCUGUCUACCAGUCACUUUGCAUGGGCAUUUCACUCAGUAGCAGAAGAAGAGCUGCUGAACAUGUUGCCAGCCAUGCAGAGAGAUGAUCCCACUUGGUCUGAACUGAGAGCCAUGGGCGUGGGCUGGUGGGUCCGGAAUAGCCGCACGUUACGCAAGUGUAUAGAGAAGGUAGCCAAAGCAGCCUUUUAUAGAAAGAAUGAUCCUUUAGAUGCUGCCAUUUUUUACCUUGCAAUGAGAAAGAAAGCUGUGAUUUGGGGAUUAUACAGAUCCCAAAAAGACCCCAAGAUGACACAGUUUUUUGGACACAAUUUUGAGGAUGAGAGAUGGCGUAGAGCAGCUCUAAAGAAUGCUUUUUCUUUGUUAGGCAAACAAAGAUUUGAACAUUCUGCAGCAUUUUUUCUUUUAGCUGGUUGCCUCAGAGAUGCAGUUGAGGUAUGUCUUGAGAAACUGAAUGACAUUCAGUUGGCUCUUGUAAUAGCUAGACUCUAUGAGUCUGAAUUUGAUACCUCUGCAACAUACAAAUCUAUUUUACGUAAAAAAGUUUUGGGGAUUGAUUCUCCUGUCAGUGAACUCAAUUCACUGAACAUAAAUAUGCAUUAUGAUCCUUUUCUUCGGAGUAUGGCAUAUUGGAUUUUGGAAGAUUAUAGUGGUGCUCUGGAAACAUUAAUAAAGCAGCCUGUCAGAGAGGAUGAUGAUCAAGUCAUGAUGUCACCCGGUAAUCCUGCAGUUUUUAAUUUUUACAAUUAUCUAAGAACACAUCCUCUUUUGCUAAGACGUCAUUUUGGAUCAUCUGAUGUAUUGUCCACACACAUGAGUUUAACAGGAAAAAGUGGGCUGGCAGGAACAAUUAAUUUAAGUGAAAGAAGAUUAUUUUUUACCACAGCCAGUGCUCAUUUGAAAGCUGGCUGCCCUAUGUUAGCUUUGGAAGUAUUAUCGAAGAUGCCAAAAGUCAUCAAGAAAACAAAACCUUUUUGCAGAACAUUUAGUUUCCUGGAUACUAGUAAAGACUGUUCCCCUUCUUCUCCAUUAAAGUUGGAUGCCAGGGAAGAUAAGUCUUCUGCUAUUGACUGGUCACAGUCACUAAUGAAUGGUUUUGGAUCUUCUUCAGAAGGUUCCUCAGAGAAGCAGUCAAACUCCACUCUUUCUUUUGACUGGAGCCAACCGAGUGUUGUAUUUCAGGAUGACUCUUUAGAAUUAAAAUGGGACAGUGAUAACGAUGAAGAUGAGGAUCUCCCUAUUUCAAUGAAAGAACUGAAACCUUUACAGAGAAAAAUGGGGAAAAAAAUAGAUGAAACAAGUUCUAAUUAUAUAGAAUCUCUCAGCACACUAGAUGAAAACGACAUUUUAAGUCCAUCAGAAGAUAUCAUUGCAGUUCAAUUAAAAUUUAGAGCAUGUUUAAAGAUUCUCACAGUGGAACUUCGUACAUUAUCUACUGGGUAUGAAAUAGAUGGUGGAAAAUUGCGUUACCAGCUCUACCACUGGCUUGAAAAAGAGGUGAUAGCUCUUCAGAGGACUUGUGACUACUGUUCAGAUGGUGAAGACUUAGAGACUGCAUUUGGUGAAAAUGGAGAUGAAUUUGGAUUAAAUGGAGAUGCUGAAGAUGUGCUUCAGCAAACGAAAGUGAAACAACUAAGAGAAAAUUUUCAGGAAAAAAGACAGUGGCUUUUGAAAUAUCAGUCCCUCUUGCGGAUGUUUCUGAGUUACUGCAUACUUCAUGGGUCCCAUGGUGGCGGUCUUGCCUCUGUGAGAAUGGAAUUGAUUUUGCUUUUACAAGAAUCUCAGCAGGAAACCUCAGAACCAGUAUUUCCCAGUCCUCUGUCAGAGCAGACCUCAGUACCCCUCCUCUUUGCCUGUACAGCCAGUGCCAAGACAGUUGUUGCCAACCCGUUACUGCACCUCAGUAACCUCACACAUGAUAUUCUGCAUGCCAUCAUAAACUUCGAUUCACCACCCCAUCCCGACAUCCAGAGCAGCAAAGUAUAUGUAAUGCAUACUUUAGCAGCCUCACUUUCUGCUUGUAUUUAUCAGUGCCUUUGUGGUAGUCAUAACUACAGUUCAUUUCAAACAAAUCAGUUUACUGGAAUGAUGUAUCAGACAGUACUGCUUCCCCAUCGACAUUCUUUGAAAACAGGAAGCUUAGAUGAAGCAAUAACUCCAAAUACAUCACCAGCACAAUGGCCAGGAAUCACUUCUCUGAUUCGACUUUUGAAUUCUUCUGGCGAGGAAGCCCAGUCAGGGCUUACAGUCUUGCUCUGUGAGAUUCUCACAGCAGUGUAUCUGAGUCUCUUCAUCCAUGGCCUGGCGACACAUUCCAGUAAUGAACUAUUUCGGAUCAUGGCCCAUCCUCUGAAUGAAAAAAUGUGGUCUGCUGUGUUUGGUGGAGGUGCACAUGUUCCUAACAAAGAACACACACACUCAAAAGCUUUACCUGUUUCUUCACUUGUGGAAGAAGGAGAGAAACAGAACAAACGUUUUAGGCCAUCAAAAAUUUCUUGUAGAGAAUCUGCCCUACCGACUUCUUCCCCGUCAGUAGUCAGCCAGGAGUCACUGACAGUCCAAGAGAAGUUCAUCCCACCAGAGCUCAGUAUCUGGGACUAUUUCAUAGCCAAGCCUUUUCUACCCCCUUCCCAAAGUAGAGCAGAAUAUGAUUCAGAGGAAAGUCUGGAAAGUGAUGACGAUGAUGAUGAUGUUUUAGCCUCAGAUUUCCAUCUCCAAGAACAUUCUAAUUCAAAUUCAUAUAGUUGGUCAUUGAUGCGCUUGGCAAUGGUGCAGUUAGUGCUCAACAAUUUGAAGACCUUCUAUCCCUUUGCAGGUCAUGAUCUUGCAGAGCUUCCAGUUAGUUCACCACUUUGUCAUGCGGUUCUAAAAACUCUUCAGUGUUGGGAGCAAGUUCUUCUCCGACGACUUGAAAUCCAUGGUGGGCCACCUCAAAACUAUAUUGCAAGUCAUACAUCUGAAGAGAGUUUGUCUGGGGGUCCUGCAAUUCUCCGCCAUAAAGCUUUGCUGGAACCUACAAACACUCCUUUCAAAUCCAAACACCAUCUGGCACUGUCCGUGAAGAGACUAUGGCAGUACUUGGUGAAGCAGGAAGAAAUUCAGGAAACCUUUAUCAGAAAUAUAUUCACAAAGAAAAGAUGUCUAAAUGAGUCAUUAGAGGACAACUGUGAAACCAUCAAAAAUUCUAUGAUGGAGGAGCCAAACAUGAAUAAGAUAGAAGCAGACUUGGGAUAUCCUGGAGGUAAAGCAAGGAUUAUUCACAAGGAAUCUGAUAUCAUUACUGCCUUUGCUGUUAAUAAAGCAAAUAGAAACUGCAUAGCAAUUGCAUCAAGCCAUGAUGUUCAAGAACUGGAUGUUUCUGGAAUUCUAGCUACACAAAUCUAUACUUGGGUAGAUGAUGAUGCUGAAAUGGAAACCAAAGGAUCAGAAGAUUUCUUGGUUAUACAUGCUCGUGAUGAUUUAACAGCUGUGCAGGGUACAACCCCAUAUACACAUAGCAAUCCCGGCACUCCAAUCAACAUGCCUUGGCUUGGCAGUACACAGACUGGCAGAGGAGCAUCUGUGAUGAUUAAGAAAGCCAUUAAUAAUGUCAGAAGAAUGACUUCUCAUCCAACUCUUCCUUACUAUCUGACAGGAGCUCAAGAUGGAAGUGUCCGAAUGUUUGAAUGGGGCCAUUCUCAACAAAUAACUUGUUUUCGAUCUGGUGGCAAUUCAAGAGUUACUAGAAUGAGAUUCAACUACCAAGGAAAUAAGUUUGGAAUAGUUGAUGCUGACGGAUAUUUAAGUUUGUAUCAAACAAACUGGAAAUGUUGCCCAGUAACUGGAAGCAUGCCUAAGCCAUACCUGACUUGGCAGUGUCACAACAAAACAGCCAAUGAUUUUGUCUUUGUUAGUUCCUCCUCUUUGAUAGCUACAGCUGGUCUUUCAACUGACAAUAGGAACAUAUGUUUGUGGGAUACUCUUGUAGCACCUGCCAAUAGUUUAGUCCAUGCUUUUACAUGCCAUGAUAGUGGAGCUACUGUUUUAGCAUAUGCUCCAAAACAUCAGCUAUUAAUAUCAGGCGGCAGGAAAGGCUUUACAUGUGCAUUUGACCUUCGGCAACGACAGCAAAGGCAGCUUUUCCAGAGCCAUGAUUCUCCUGUUAAAGCCAUUGCCAUUGAUCCGACAGAAGAGUACUUUGUUACAGGAUCUGCUGAAGGCAAUAUAAAGAUUUGGAGUCUAUCUACCUUUAGUCUUCUCCACACUUUUAUCAAUGAACAUGCCCGGCAGUCCAUUUUCAGAAAUAUUGGAACUGGAGUGAUGCAAAUUGAGACAGGACCAGCAAAUCACAUUUUUUCAUGUGGAGCUGAUGGAACAAUGAAAAUGAGGAUACUGCCGGAUCAGUUUAGCCCAUUAAAUGAAGUAUUGAGAAAUGAUGUGAAAUUUAUGCUAUAACAUUUUGACAAUAAGAUGUAUAAUUUAUUCCCUAUUCCAUGGAAGUGGCCAACACAUACAAUGUACAGUGAUCACUGUCUCUGCCACAGAUAAGCUAAUGCUUUCUUGUUUUCAUAUUUAUUUUACAGAGCUUUGCCCUUGAUGCACUGAUGCCUUAAAAAUUAACAAGGUCAUUCAGAAUUAGACUAUAUUGCCUAAAAUAAAAUGUAUAAGUAAUACUGUAAUAAUACAUAUUUAUAGUAUGUUAUAGUGAGUAUGUCAUAGUGUUAAAGGAGUUUUGUGUUCUGAUUGUUGAUAAACUCUUCUGCAGAUGUCUCUGUAUGAAUUUAACAGUAAAAAUACCCUUUAUGUAAAGGCAGUUGACAUCAGUCAUCACUUAAUUCACCAUGCCCUUACUUCUUUUUUCAAACUAAUACAUCUCAAACUCUUCUUCUGUUAAUGAUAGAUUGAUAAUUGGGCAAGAAUAAAAAACAUAAUGAACAUCUUCAUUAAAAACUGUCAUUGGGACUUCAGUGAUAUAUGACCCAAGAUAUAUAAAGUUCCCUGUUUCCUGCCUGAAGCCCAAGUGUGUUUGUAUAUAUGUAAUAUAUCUUACACAUCUUAUUUGGACUUAGUUUGUGUAUAUAUCAGAGGAAAUUACAAGUCUUUUCAUGUGUUUUUGUGCCAUAACAACUACUGCCACUAGAAUAGCGACCUUUUUUGCAGCUGUCUUUUUCCAUGUUUUUUUGUUUUUAGUUUUUUAAUUCCCAUCCUAAUUUUCAAAUAAUUUCAGGAAGACAUCCAAGAUUAUAAUUUUAAAGAUUAUCUUGAGUCAGUUAAGUCUUAGCAGGCAAUAAUGAUUCUUUGUUGGCAUAUAUGAGACACUUAAAAGUAAGUUUAUAAAAUUGUCAAAGGAUUUUAGAGCAGCAAACAUUUUACUUCAUCUUUCUUUCUUUUCUUUUUUUUUUUUGUUAGGUGCUUUUAGUCUCAAAGUUCUGAAUACCUUAUAGCAGUGUUUUUAGAAACAAAUGUGAAAACAGUAAAAUUAAAUAGAUAAUAUUUACAAAUGUAAAAUAACCUGCCAGAUCUACCAUUAAUAGAAAAUAAACUAAACCUUAUAUUUUAUUAUUUUUUUGCCAAAAUACAUUAUUUUACUAUAAAAUAUGACCAAAAUAUUAAAAAUGCACAAUGCUUUUAACUUAAAUGUGCUAAUAACCCUAUUUCUGUCUGUUUUGUGCUACCUUUUCUGAUUAAAAAUUAUAGACAACUUGAUAAAUACUUGAUCUUAGCCAAGGAGACCGGAGGCAGAUGGGACUAAGUGUUUAAGGGACAAUUAUAUACUAUGUAGCUUAAAUAUAUUUUGUUAAUAGGAAUUAUAAAAACAUUUUUAUGUAACAAAAUAUGAACAACUAUUAUCUUGGAAAUUAAAGAGUCAAAGCAAAGAAAUGAAGGGCUGGUAAAAUGAAUUUUGUAAUAUCCUCAGGAUACUUUUAUCUUAAAAGUAUAUUGUUAAAGAUUUUGUAAAUUGUAUUCAUAAUUUUAAAUGUGUUAAGCUAGUUGCAGUGAAAACACUGUCGUUGAUUAUGUAGAGAGUUUAUGUGCACAUAAUAACCUGUAUCUAUAACCGUGCAAUAACAGUAACAGUAUGUGACUGUUUGGCUGCAGAGAGAUCUGUGGCGGCAUUGCAAACGAUCCUGCGGUGUGCUGUAGUUCAGCUUAAGUUAUUUUUCAGUAACUGCACAAAUCAAGAUUCAAAAGGCUUUAAACACUUUCAAUGAGACAGAAAAUUUAUUAUGCUUAUUAUUAGAAAAAAGGCAUUGUGGAUGAACAAUUAAGCAUUUUAAUUGAGGGUUUAUAUGAGUAAUAAAUUAUGUAAGCCCAUAUGUAUUUACAUCAGAGUCAUAAUAUUUUAAAUAAACAAUCAUGCAGUGA